AUGGAUUCUCGAGCAGAAUCAGCGCCAUCAGAGGCGUACCUGACUGCAUUUAUCGGGUAUCGCCUUACUGGUGUAGCAGUUGCUAUGCUGCCUAUUACCACUUUUUUUCUUGCAUUGCGUUUCUACUCUCGUUUUUUGACUAGAACUCCCUGGGGCCUGGAUGAUACAUUGGCUGCUGUUUCUGGAGUCAUCUCAGUGGGCUUAUCUGCUCUUGCGAUUUGUUUCGUCAAAUAUGGCGGUGUUGGUUACCACCUCGAAGCAUUGGCAAUGGAAACACCUAGUAGAGAACCGAAAUACUUUAUCUGGCUGUUGAUAGUGUCGACUUACUAUUAUUCCACGGUCGCCUUCUCUAAGCUGGCUGUCCUGGCACUAUAUGGUCGUCUCUGGACGGUGAACCCUUACCGGACUAUCAUCUUGGUAGUAGGAGUCGUGAUUGCCCUCACUGCUGUUGUGUCCGGCAUAAUGUGUCUAAAUAUGUGCCAGCCAUUCAGUUAUAACUGGGAUUUGACAAUCUCCGAGGGGCAUUGUUACAACAAACAGGCCUUUUUUUUAUGGGCCUCUUUGCCAAACAUUUUCACAGAUAUUAUUAUGCUCGUCAUGCCAGUACCCAUUGUCUGGAAGUUGAAUGUCUCCAUGAAAGUGAAAUUAGGCCUCACAUUGACCUUUGCAACUGGUAUUAUGGGUCUGGUCACAUCGGUUAUGCGAUUCGUUAUCUUCGCCAAAGGAAAUGCCGUGCAGGAUGGAUCUUGGUCCUCUACAGACCUAAUGGCCUGGAGUGUCGCCGAGCCCGAUAUAUAUCUAAUCAGCGCCUGCCUCCCCACCUUACGACCAAUCAUGUGGAAAUUAUUUGGCAAAGACAAAUCUACCACGAACUCCAACUCACGGUUCGGGGAGCGAUAUGGAUAUGGAGGUACAGGAAGAUCAAUGGGCAACUCAAAGAUUCGCCAUACAGCCAACGAGACGGGGCUAUACGGAGAGGAAGUUCAACUUGUGUCGGUCAUGGGCAAGGCCUCAAAGGAAAGUGAUCACUUAAACGAAAACGCUAUACAUGUACAGCGGGAGGUGAAUGUGGAAGUUAGCGAGCACUGA